UAUUCGUGAUCGUACAACUAAUAGAACACAGAAGAAAUAGAAUAAGAAAUGUUGGAUUUUAUUUGCUAAAUUAACUAUGUAUUACUUUUAUAGCAAUAUGCUAGUGUCCUACUGCAACUUGGUACAAAUAUAGCGAAGUAAUUUUAGUUGUAAUAGCUCAUUAUGAACUGUCAUCAAGUACUUAGUGGUGCCUGCAAUUCGGGGGAUCAAUGUUUUGCUGUGGGAUCAGUGGAAGGAAUACCUUUUACAGCCUACGCAGCAGGAUGCAAUAUAGUAAUACUAGCAUCAAAUUUUGAGCGAGUCCAAAUUAUUCCUGGAGCUAUCCAUGGCUAUGUCCGUAUCAGCUCCCUGGAUUGCAGCACUGACACUGGGAAGAUAGCUGCAGCAUACGGUGCUGAAGUGUGCAUUUUUGAGCCAACACCAUUGAUCCAUAGUGCUGCUACAACACAUGGCUUGGAGUACCGGUGGGUUCAAACUGGCAAGUUGGUAGCAGACGGGCCGAUCACAGCUCUAUCGUGGAAUCUUGAAGGCACCCGACUUCUCACCGGAGGCAAGAUCUUACAGCUAUGGCAUCAGGCAUCUCUUUAUAAUGACGACAGUCAACCAAGUUCCGGUGUCACAUUCCAAAUCGGCGGCGACAAAGAUGAAAAGACGAAACCGCCAGAAGACGACGAACCUGGUUGGCUCUGUGUAUGGCAAUGUCACACGGCGACGCCGGCGCAUCACCUCGCGUUUUCACCGGAUGGCGUGCUGUUUGCAACCUCGGGCGUUAACGACAGGCUCGUCAAAAUAUGGCAUCAGAAUAAAGUGUUGGUGCAGGCACACGGCGAGCACUCGCCGCCUGAGCUUAACUAUACGUUCAUCUAUGUGGCGCACCCUCGAGCCGUCACGCACUUGUCAUGGCGGAAGACGAGUAAAUACAUGCCAAAGGGCAGCGUAGGCAACGUGCUGGUGACGUCAUGCGUGGACAACAUCUGCCGCGUAUGGGCGGAGACGCUAUUGCCUGAGGACGAAUGGGGCGGCGGUUGUGUGUCAGCGCACUCGCGAUCCCCGCCGCGUCGACAGCGAGCCACGCACCGACACAAGCAUCGCUUUAUGCAGCGUUUGAAGCAUAUGAAAACAUGCUUCCACAUCCGGCGGAAUGCUCAGUCGUCGAAGCAGCCCGGCGCUCCGAUCCCCACGCUCCCCUCCACAUACAGUGCGCACGAUUUCCACAACCCGUACCACUCUACAUCGUAUACUGGAGGGCUACAUUUCCACCUUGCGGCGUCUAUCAACGCGGAGACCGAUAUCCCACUUGUCCCUUCAUUAGCUGGAGGUGGACGCUUCAUACUGCACUGGUUACACAACAAGGAAAUGCACUUCACCAGUCAAGCCGAGGCGAUAUUGCACGAUCUCACUAAAAAGAUUUUAGAUAAGGAAGAGACAGACGAAGGAGGCUCUGGUUCUGAACACACCACACAUCCGGACGGGGAGAAUGAAAGUAGCGGAAACCACAGCCAUCCCAGCCUAUCGAAUACUACAUCAAUAAACUCAAUAGCAACAGAUGUCACUUGCACGCACUUGCCAGACUCGCUUGACGCGAAGAUAGAGGGCCUGCUGCGAGACUGGCAUCAAAGUCCCGACCUACUGUUCUCAAUACACCCUGUGGAUGGCAGUUUUCUUAUUUGGGUUUGCGAGUGGUUAGACGAGUUGCAGGCGGGUGCCAUCCGCCAAGCGCAGGUAUCCUUCUCAGCGCGUAUUCCCUCCGCGUUUCCACUCGGAGAUGCUACCACGAUGUGCACACCCGCCGCUUUGUACCACGCUGCCGCCCAACCUCUAUAUGUGCGACAUCGGACAAAGCCUGUUACCCCGGGGCAAAAUCAACAAGGUGAAACGGUAACAACGCCACUGGCAAGUGUACAGGAAGAAAAGGAGGAAACCGAUUGGACACAAAAUGAUGAACAAAAUGCUCAGCAAGAAAAUGGGUCACGAGAAGAAAACAAUAACGAUAUGAAAAGAAAGACCAGUGUCGUGACGGAAGACCUAGGUGAAAACCAAGACGGAGACGUGUUAGAGUCGGCACCUGUUAUAUCCAUGGUCACUAACCACACAAAUGGAACCCUUAACUUGUGGCAGUUAACGUUCGACGAUAAGUCCAAAUUUUCUCAGGUGUUAUCAAUUGGACACGCUUCUAGAGCGUCCGGUCAUAGGUUUAGAGUUAAUGACAUCACAUGCCAUCCAGUAUUACCAUUAUUGCUUACGACAAGUCAUCACAACAUAUCAGAUCACGAGAGAGAGGUAACAAACGUAGACGAAGACGCAGCCAAGGGCGGUUUGUGCUCGGAAUUAAUAAUGUGGCGCGUGGAGUGCGUUGGUCCACUCGGCAAGUCCGGUGGCGUCUCCGAACUAGCUCGAGUCAACUCGCCUCAUCUUUCCGCAUUCAGUAACGUCGCUUGGUUGCCUACUCUACUACCCAGUACUACCCUGGGAAACCUAUCGAAUUCACCAUCGGCUUGCUUCGUGGCGAGCGAUGGGGAAAGCUUAAGAUUGUUUCAAGCGGUUAUCGAUGCACGAACGCUGUUGGCGGAAAUCGCCACAUCAGAACGUCGGCAUAAAGAUGUUCUGCACCACGACACAAUGUCGCUAUCAUCUGACUCAACGAUAGAAGAAGGCGGUAUACCUCUUCACGACCGUAUAAAGAUUGUGUCGCAACAAUCCACGGCACGGCCCGGAGCGAUAAUCCAGUUGCACGCUAUCGCAGACGCGACACACGACUGGCACAACACACAGUUGCUGCACGUAUUCCAGGAGCAGUUAAUUACUGGUGAACGUACAUCAAGCGACACGGAAAGCUCCGAUUCAGGCGUUGAAGGUUCUGACGUGAACACUAUAACCGAAGCUGGCCUUGAAGCAAUAGUCGAUUUACGGAAAGCAGCUGUGUUCAACGAACCUUUCUACAUUGUUGUACUGGAGAGAACUGAUGGCGGCUCCACCGUUCAUAUGUGGAGAUUAACAGUCUCAUCCCAGGCAGAUCCAUCAGAUGAUCUUACAAACAGUAUGAUGUAUGUACCGGAUAGUGCACUAGUGCAAGAAGACGAAGGCGAGUCACGAAAGAAUUCCGUGUCAGUCGACGCUGAUCGCCCACCUCCAGCGCCCACACACUCUCAUCUCUCAAUUUCAACUAAAAAGGUUUGUGAAUGUCCGUUAUCGCUACCGGACGGUGUUGAUGUCAUUCACGCAACGCCUGCAGCGGGCCACUUAAGUUCCGCUUCAAUAUACCCAGCCUGUUUAGCACCUUACAUAUUAGCUACAGCCUGUUCUGAUAGUACUUUAAGGUUUUGGAAGUGUAAUGUUACUAAAAAAGACAAUGAUUUGCUUGAUUAUACGUGGAAAGAGUGGGAAAUGAUGAACAAAGACCAAGAAUCUACAAUAGACAUUCCAGGUCAACCCCUUCAUAUAAGCGCGGCGUAUUCCGGUCGAAUAGCAUGCGCAUACAAAUGCGGGAGAUCAUUCACUCGACCCAAGGCAGGUCUUACUACAAACAAUUCGAAUCCCGACGCCCGGUUCGUGAACCUUUGCGUUUGCGUCUACGAGUGUGAGAGCACCGGAGGCGCGGAAUGGCUGCUAGAAGAUACCAUACCGUUGAGGAACGUCAGUUUACCGCGUGUGGGCGUGUGUGCCGAUACGCAGAUAGAUCUGUCGUACUUGCAUGACACGUCGUUCAUGCAGAAAAAACAAAGGCUGACUCAGGUCCUGCAAACGUUGUCAUCCGACGAAGGCCGUAACAACCGUAAUGGCGAAGGUGAUACCGGAAAAUCUGCAGGUCUUCUAGCAGUGCCGUCGUUCAGUACCCUACAGUCGUUGCGCAAAAGCAUCAUGGAAAACGGGAAUACUUGCCCGCUAACACAAAAACAUCUUGUGCAGUUGGACUGGGUGUCCAAAGAAGAUGGAUCGCAUAUAUUAACUGUUGCGGUCGGAUCAAGAGUUUUAUUAUUCACACCGGUUUCAAGUGAUUUGGCUCAGGCUAAUUUAAAGGCAAUGAAAGAAUCAAUAAACAACAACCGACCAAUACUCCGCAAGGCUUCAUCUCUCGCCGCGCCGUUAUUCGUGGAGGAGAUCCGGUGGAUGCAACUUCGACGUAUUCAGUUAAAGACAGCUGACGGUCUACCGCCAUUGCCGAUGCAGAUAUCCUGGGUCCGAGACGGAAUAUUGGUCGUUGGGAUGGACUCUGAAAUGCAUGUUUACUCACAGUGGAAGCCAGAAACUCCACAGAUAACAUCUGGUCAAGCGGCAACCCAAGAACAAGAAGAAGGCGGCGAAUCCCGAGCGCUUCGUGAUUCGGAUUUACGUGUCUCUGCGCCGCACUUACAACGCGUGUCUUCCAUCAACCUACAGCUUCUGGAACGCGACGCUAGGAGGCGAAACAAAACGCAACCUGACCAACCUCAACCACUUUUAGACUAUAUGCCAGAUUUUGGCCUUUUCGAAGCAUCACAGAUGGCAUGUCCAGUAUUACCACAGUACCAUCCUAAGCAACUCAUGGAAUUAUUAAACAGCGGCAAAAUCCGAUGGGUUAAGGCCAUCCUUGCUCAUUUGGUCAGAUGCAUUGGAGGAAGUUAUACGACUCGAAACUCGCAAGGCGAUGAAGACAAUGUAUCGAGACAGCGCGGCUGGUCGCGGUCGCGUACGCUGUCCGUGUCGUUCGCCGCAGGCGCCGCCUCGCCGCUUGACGGUGUCGCACAGAUAACUGAAGACGUCCAGCUGGAUUACGCGGAGCUGACAUCAGUGCCGCCUUUACCACUCUGGACUUUGUUAGUCGCAGAUAAAGAGUCUGCGCAUCAUCCGUCCACAAUACAGGAAGCUAAGGAUUAUAAUGAACUAUUUGAGGGAACAAUGGAAGUUGAAGAAGAUCUCGACGCUCUAUUGUUGAGUGAGGAAGACGGUAUUGACCGUCGUCCUUCAAUGCCAGAAAGACAGCCACUUUCACACUUUGGCCCUAGACAAGGUCGAAUUCUUUCCCGGUUAUUAACACACACUCACCUUCCUGGACUGAGUUCACUAGACCAAAUGCAUUUGUUGGCUUUGGCCGAUACCGUAUCAACUUGUGAUGCAGACUUUGCAGAGCGACUUGCGUCCAACGCUCGAGUUGAUGUUACGCAAGGAACUGGACAAGAGAUUCUACCAGAUUCUUUAGACGACUGUGGAUUAAGAUUCCUGCUAGCUAUGAAGCAUUACGGAUAUCUAUUGCGUUGCCUUCCGAUUGCCCAGCGCGCCUCGUUGCAACGUACAGGCGUUGGUACUUGUAAUCUGGUAUGGGCUUUUCAUUCUGAGACUCAUGAGCAACUCCUGAACCUAGUGCCUGGAUAUGCUAAGGGUCAACCUAAGUGGUCAACUAUGAGGGAAUUGGGUGUUGGUUGGUGGAUACGUGGCGAUCUCUUGCGUAUAUGCGUUGAGCGGUUGGCGCGUGCGUCGUAUAUGGCAAAACAAGAUCCUAUGGACGCCGCUCUCUACUACCUCGCUAUGAAGAAGAAGACGCUACUAUGGGGGUUGUUCCGAUCCAACCGCGAUGAUAAGAUGACAUCAUUUUUCUCAAAUGACUUUGCCGAAGAUAGAUGGCGAAAAGCGGCGUUGAAAAACGCCUUCGUUCUUCUUGGAAGACAACGUUUCGAACACGCAGCCGCUUUCUUCUUAUUGGGCGGUGCCCUAAAAGACGCACUCGAGGUACUCAUUACACGAUUAGGAGAUCUACAGCUGGCUAUGGUGGUUGCGCGUUUAUAUGAAUCGGACAACUCUUUACCAAAUAGUUUGAAGAAGUUACUCAUGGAUGAAAUAUUAGGUGGUGAAACUGAAGAUGGCGAAGUGGACUUAGAGCACGCGCAUCCUGAUCCGUUUGUCCGAUCGAUGGCAUUAUGGGAACUGAAGCGCUACGGAGAGUCGUUAGAUACUCUGCUCAGUAAUGCGGGAAGAUUGCACGCGGCCCGUGAUAAUGAGCCAAUGCCGAGUGUAUUUAACUUCUACGUGUAUCUACGCACGCAUCCGCGGCUUAAGCGACACAAUAUGCCCAGUCAAGGUGGUACGCUAGCUCUUCUCCAACAAGAUCCAGAAGAAGGGAUAACUCGACUAGAACGACGUCUGUACUUCCAAACGGCCCACGGUCACUUCAAAGCCGGCUGCCCAGCGUUAGCACUGGAGGUCCUCUCGAAGCUCCCAGCGCGAGUCCGGGAAGAGAAAGUUCGUCAGGCGCCCGUGUCAGCCCCGUCCGUCGACGAGACCGUCAUUCACACAGGACAACUGAUCGAAGACACGACAGUCAAAAAGCAAGAAGAAAAUUUGGAUUGGAACUCAUCAACUGUAGAUUGGGGUGCGCCUGUAAGCACCGCUCAGGAUGACGAACUUGUCCUAAAAUGGGACGAUGAUGAAGAGAAGUCUUCUGGUUCGGGAGCUUCUACGCCUCCGUUGGAAAUGAAAAUGGACAAACCUGCAGACCCUGAAGUCCAAGGUCCACCGGAGACCGAAAAAGAAGAGGAAGGCCCUACAGUAGAUAUCAUGGCGCAACAACUUAAGUUCGUAGCCUGUCUGAAAAUAUUGAUGGAAGAACUCAGUACUUUAGCUACAGGGUUCGAAGUUGAUGGCGGUCAUCUCAGAUAUCAGCUAUAUAUCUGGCUAGAACGAGAAGUGGAAGCUCUCAGACGUCUUUGCGGUUACGUAUCAGCGCCAGGCGCAGCUUCGGGGGGUGAACUUAUUUGUGCUGAUGGGGAAGCGCCACCAUUACCAGAGAAACCCACGCUACAUCAACUACUCAUCAGGGAGAAGGCAGACUUUGAAGCCAAAGUUCAGAGGGCGGUGCGAAGAAAAAAGUGGCUGAAAGCAAACGAGACGCUCCUCCGAACGCUCUUGUCAUACUGCUCGCUACACGGCGCGGGUGGCGGUGGUCUGGCCUCCGUCCGCAUGGAACUAGUACUGCUGCUUCAAGAGUUGGGACAGGAUAAACAGCAUCAGCAAUUGUUGUCGCCACUUCCCUUCCCGACUACACUACCACUGCUGGCCGCAGCAGUCGCUACAAACAAUACUGUCGUCGCGGAUCCCGUCAGACAUUUGCAGUCCGUAGCACACGAUAUGCUCGGCACUCUGGGUGAAUUAGGAAUACCUGGAGGUUCGGCCACUCGAUUACUGCAUACUUUACGAGAGCUAGCAGUUGCGCUGUCCGCAUGCAUCUACCAGAGUCUCUGUGACUCUGACACCUUUAGUUUGAAACAUGCGCAGCAUCACGAUGGCAUGAUCGCCGAAACCCCUGGUACAACUAAUCUGUUAAUAAGACCGCGAAGAUAUUCCACUGAAGAACUUUCUGUGACCACUCCACCCAACAAAUGGCCUGGUGUGUCGGCAUUACGUGGAUUAGCCCUCCGCGCCGCAGAAGAAGAAGAAGCUCCGAGAUUACCGGUGCUUCUAGCGGAGGCUUACUGCGGAGUUUAUUUAGCGUUACUGGGCUGGGCGCUAGCGGCAAGAGACGCUCAUUUGCUGUACAGAUUAGCCGCACAUGUGACCGAUAAUAAGGCCCACGCAAAACUGUUCGGAGGAGGUGUUAGAAGAUUGCUUACCACAGCGCCUGCUCAGCCACAGCCGAAACUCGUUGAACGUACUGAGGGCACAUCUGUUUGGUCGUCGUUAAGGGAAAAAAGGGCAUUGCUGCAUAUGCGACUGCUAGGCUUGAGCCCUACGGCACCACAUAAGAAUAUUCAAGAGGGACGACCAACUUACAGAGAACAGUUUGUGCCACCCCACUGCAGCAUAUUGACCUUCCUGCUUACUAAGCCAACACCGGAACAAGAUCCCGAUAAUAACGAUUAUGAUUCUGCGGAAUCCGGUGGGGAAGAUGCGGAAGAAAGUGCAAGCGAAGCUGAAGACGACGACGAUAUCUUUGAUACAUCAACAACUAGGACUGAGAAACGACCUAAAGGAGCCAACAUGGAACACUCCGAGCCGGACUCUUACUCGUGGUACGUGAUGCGGGUUGCCGUAUUACGUCUCGCGCAGCACAAGUUACAACACUUCCUGCAGCUCUGCGGCAUAGAGAUGUCAGAAUUAGCAACAACAAGCCCCACAGUGCACGGUGCGCUCCGCCGUGUCGAACAAUGGCAGCAACAGCUCACUGAAACAUUGGAAUCGCGAGCACCGCCUUCUAAUUACAUUCCUGGAUGUUUCCCUGACCAGCAGACGUCCGGACCACCCAUUAAUAAAUAUAGAUGUUUGUUAGAAAAACAUAACACGCCGUUCAAUUCGGCACUGUACAGCGCAGCACCGGCUCGCCGGCUGUGGAACUUCUUGGUCCGACAAGAGCUUGUGCAGGAAGUGUUCAUAAGAGCAGUAUUCUCACGGCGUCGAACACAGUCCAUGUCUGCGGAGGUUCACGCGGACGGCCGAGCUGGUUGCAUUCCACAUCAGACGCGCGUACAGGACGACGACCUACAUAGCCCUGUGAGGAUUAUCCACAAGGAACAGGACUCUAUCGCCGCAUUUUGUCUUAACAGAGUCGGUGGAGGUCUCUUAGCGGUAGCGACGGCGCGUGAAGUGCAAGAAAUGGAUGUAUCAUUAUUACUGAAGGGCGGCGCUUGCUGGGCUGAAGAUGAAUGCGAAGUUGAUUUGUUGGCUUUAUCGGCUGACCCCGCAUCGCUACCAGAUACCGGGUUCCUGCUUAUACAGCAUCAUGAUAAACCAAACAAUGGUUCGGUUCCUGGUACCGGCAACAGUUCGCCACUAAACCCCAAUGCACCGCAAGCUCCAGUGGGCAUGGCAGGACAGACGGGGCGCGGUGCUAGUGUGGUGAAGGGCCUGCAGUUCCCGGGUUGCCACGACGCCAAAUACUGUCGCCUGGUGCUGCAUCGCUCCAAGCUUCUAAUGAAACCGGUACUCAAACACAAAAUUGACAAUAUCAAACGAAUGGCCGCUCAUCCAUCACAACCGUUGUAUCUGACUGGAGGGGCAGACGGAUCGGUUCAGCUGUGGGAGUGGGGCCAUGGAUCUUGCGUGUGGUCGCCACGGGCGCCGGGUGCGUUCGCUAAAGUGACGCGCGUGCGUUUCUCGGACUACGGCAACAAGUUCGCGGCGUCUGACGCUGACGGCAACCUCGCGCUGUGGCAACUGCACCCGUCCGCCGCCACUGGAAACCAGCCGCACGCUUCUCCGAGACCAUUCUUUACUCAUCAAUGCCACAGUAAAGGCAUAAGUGACUUUGUAUUUCUAGGCUCCUGUAGUUUAGUUGCCACAGCUGGUCACAGCUCUGAGAGUAAGAAUGUUGCCAUUUGGGAUACACUGAUGCCCAUAAAGAAAGCUUUAGUGGUUUCGUGGACGUGUCACGAAGGUGGUGCAGCGUGUAUAGCGUGGGCGGGUCAAGCGGGUGCGCUUGUAUCUUGCGGACGUCGCGGUGAUGUACUAGUAUGGGACUUGCGUGCGCGCGCGCCGCGUCACAAACUGAACGCACACCACGCACCUAUUAAGUGCGUUUCGCUCUCACCUAGGGAGGAUUACUAUGCAAUCGGUGCCGCAGACGGUGAUAUUAAGGUGUUUUCGUUAGCUACGCAUCAGUUGCUUCACACUUUCGCUGGUGAGCACGCGAGGAGCUCUUUCUUCAAACACAUCGGCCAGGGCGUCACCCAAAUACAUAUAGACGGUGCUGGUCGCGUGUUCUCGUGUGGCGCGGAUGGCACCAUGAAGGUGCGCAAGUUGCCCGAACGCGACCAUCCCGCGCCGCACCACUACUCCACAACCACAUAGUAUAAUUGCGUGAUAGCUGAUUGAAGUAAGAGUAUACAGCGAGGGCUGGAGACAAGAAGUGCGCCCUACGUCCCGAUGUGAUGUAUAUUUUAAUUGUUGCAGUUUGUACGCCGAUGAGGAUUAUACGCCGUUAGACUAGUCACUGAGUAGGCGAUCUUUAGUGUAUUACAAAUGUUUAUGAAUCUUUAGUUAUUUCUAGUACGAAAUACACGCUAUACUUUAUCUUAACCUUAUUCUAUAGUGUUUUUCAGGGAUAAAAAUUGGAGAACGCGGUAAGCCUGCCAGAUGUGAAACAUCGAAACUAUUUUGUAUGGAAAAUAAAAUAAACGGACAAUUAACUAUAAAAAUCGAAAAUAAAUCGUUCAGAUUCUUUUAAAGAAAUAAAAAUUGGACUAUUAUUCGCCUCCAGUGCAUCUACGCCUAUAUACGAUCUGACCCACCGCGUCGGAUGUUUCAUAUAAAAAAGUUCCUUUUGACAUAUUUGUAUAUGAGGAGUGACGGAACAAAACAUGAUAAUACCACUAAAAUUUCUAAUUCAUUACCAUUAAAAUUUGACGACUCAAUAGAAUACCAUGUUUUAAAAACAGGAUAAUAUAUUUCUUUUUAAUACCUAACUAACGUUUUUUAACGUCACUUGAGAUACAUACGCGGACAAAGUCGCGGAGAGGCAUACAUGCCAAAAGGUACUUUUUCUUCAUUAAAUAGAAGCAGGCGAUACUUUGCGGAAUACCCAUGCAAUAAACGUUAAGCUCAAUUUGUUAUAAUCCACGACAGUCAGACAAAUCUCAAACACACAGAAACUAUUUGUCUGGUCGAGAAACAGAGCCGAGGAAGCUUCGGCCGUGGCCACUUCCCAACCUGUCGACAAAGACUUGCCGCGUUCCGGUACAAGCCCGAUUAGAGUUAUGGCUUGACUGGCAUAUCUCUUUAGUCGGCUACCACCUUAGACAGCAUCAUUACUUACGACCAGGUCAGAUUGCAGUAAAUGGCUAGCUUUCAGUGAGAUUUUCAGUGUUUGAUUCGAAAAAAUAACUCAUCUGUUUUCAUAAAGCGCCAAAAGAAAAAGCUUCAAAAGUUAUAAAUUACACCAUACAGAUUCAUCUGAUUGUCGCUAAUUAUAACAGAUAAGUUAAAUUACGUACAUUAUACUUAUUCCGUUAAAAAACACUAUAGAUGAGAGAUAUAGGAUUUGUUUAUUAGCGGGGGAUGGUAGGGAAUCUAUCGAAUGUAGGAGUGAAAGUGUGAAUUCGUCGCAGUGGCGUAACUUCCCUAGGGCUAAGCGGGGCAGUACCUUGGGGCCCCUAAGCUCAGAAGCCCUGGAGUCAGCUCCAUGAACGUUCACAUAGAUAUCUAAUCAUAUCUAUUUAAUAUUUUAGUAGAAUAUAAAGUAUUCGACUUUUAAUAUUAUUGGGCCCUAAACAAACCUCGAACUGGCAAUUCUUAAAGCAAAACAACAUAACUGACAAUUCUUUUGAAGUUCUAAGUUCAAAUAGGGCCCUUAUGCAUGGUUUAUACGAAGCCAGUGAACUGGCGCCAGUCUAAAAGACAAGCCACCGCUGGCCGACCCUGAAACUUUAGACGGGGCCAGCCAUUUCUGUACUUUUCUUGUGGUGUGAACACGUUUGAUGUUAUUUGAACAGAAAAUGUAUGAAUUCGCAACGCUGGCGAGCGGGCUCUAGGCAAGCGGCCGGAGUUCACUAUCGUGAACAACAGUAUUCAGAGCGCUGGUCUGGCUUAAAAAUACUGUUUAUAAGGCCAAUACCAAUCCAGCAUUGCCUUCGUAUGAACUAUGCUUUAAAUACAACUUUGCCCAGGGUUCUUAGUUACUACGCCACUGGCAAGUAGAGUGCAAUAACAUUGCUAACUUAUGAAUUCGACCGAGGUCGGAGCCUUUAACAAGAGUUAACAAAUAACUCUCCAAGAUAUUUAGCUUAUAUUAUAUGAGUGCACAUAAUCUUAAUACGUGUAACAUGUUGACGCAUAAUAAAUAAUUUACAUAUUAUUAUAUAUUACGAUUUACCGUAUGUUUGUUGUCGUGGCUUAAUACGUUUAAUGUUAAAGUGUAUCUUUAUAUAAUCACAUAAUUAUCGACUCAUAAUAUCAUCGAGAGACCUAUCAAAAGUUUCGAAGAUAUUCAUAUAUAAUGUAAUCUUAAAACCUUUUCAAAAAUUCACACACUAUUAGGUGUAAGUGUUUCGUCUAGCUUUUCGUGUAACAGUGAAUGUUUUCGAAAUUAUACGUCCAUUUUGGUUUUCUAAAAGCAAUAUGUUGUUUAAAAACAUUAUGAAAAUAAAGCAAUAAAGCAAACUUGCACUGCAUUAGGCUUUAUUACAGUAUUAUUGAUCGCAGAAUGAAUGGUAAGCUGGGAGGCUUUUUCCUAUACUAAGCCAAAUACCGCAAACGCUUUGGCGUGCAUUUUAAAGAGGAUUUAUAUAUAAUAUCUACAAAAUAAAUAGAAUAACCACGUCUUAGUCACAUCCAGCCACAGUUAAGAUCAAUUCUGUAACUUAGCCUUAUAUGUUACUAUGUUUCAAGUAUGUCAUUAAAUUCUGAAGAUAAAAUGUAUUGAAAGUUUCAAUAAAUAGUCUUCGCUCAUAGUACUAUAUUAAGGAAUAGGAAAAAAUACAUGGCUGACGACAAUCAAAUUAAUAAAAUUGUUUGUUGUUGUUUGUGAGGGCAGUGGACUUAUAAGUACCAGGUUCGUUUCUAGGCGGGGAAAUUUGGGAAUUUAUAACUUCUAAAUUUUCUCUUGUUUGGUCUGUCUAGCUAGUUAGCUUUGGCCGUUGCUAGUUACCACCCUACUGAAAAGUCCGUGCUUUAGCGUUCCGGUAGAAAACGUUUAGGGGAAUGGGUGUAAUAAAAAUGCCAUAUUUCUAACAGGUUAGCCCGCCCACCAUCUUAGCCUGCAUCAUCAUUUAUAACCAAAUCGGAUAAGAAUGCAGUGCUAACUUUUGGUAAUAAAAUUAAUACACAAUAUAUACAUCGCCAUCUAGCCCCAAAGUAAGCCUUGUUUGUGUUAUGGGUACUAAGAUAGCUGAUG